UCUUGUGCCAUCCUUGGGUUUAUUAUUUACAUUGAUCUGCAUCAUCUCUUGAAUGUUAAGUGGCAUAGGUUUUAUUCUGAGGGGUGGUGUUUAUGUGAGAAUUUGCAAUGUGCAUGCUCAACACCACACAAGAUAUCAUGGGAUAUGCCUCUGGGAGAUGAGGCCUUAACACUUAUUCCGAGGGUUAAGAUGAGUUAGCCUUCCAGAGCCGUGGGCGGAGCAUCGGGUUCUGCCAUAUCAUCAAAGCACUGUGAGGAAGAAUGGCCACUAGACGUGCUCAUAUCGAGGAUGACCUCUCCUGUCCAAUUUGUGGACAUAUUCUCAGCCAGCCAGUUGUUCUGACUUGCAAACACAGAUUCUGUAAACCCUGUCUAAGAGACAACUGGGACACACAAGGAGGUAGGGAUUCACACUACUGUCCUCUGUGCUGGCGCCGCUCCUCCAUGGAUCAAAUAGUGGUGAGCAAUGUUCUCGAGAAGGCCUGUGAAUCGCUCAGGGAAGACAGGAGCAAGAAUGACCCGGAAGCUUGUAAAGAGCAUGGAGAAAAGCUCACUCUUUUCUGCGUGGAGGACUUGGAGCCAAUUUGCGGUGUGUGUGGAAAAGCAGCUGCACACACUGGGCACAGGCUCUAUCCCAUUGGGGAAGGCGCUCAUGACUGUAAGGAGGAACUGAAGAGUGCACUCUUGCCUUUGAAAGAGAAGUUGCAGCUGUACAAGAAAGCAAAAAUGGCCUGUGAGGAAAUGGCAGAACACGUGAAGAACCAAGCUGAACACACUGAAGCACAGAUCAAACAGGAUUUUGAAGCCCUUUACCAUUUUCUGAGAGAGCAGGAGGAUUCGAGACUGUCUGCUUUAAAGGCUGAGCAGGAACAGAAGAACCUGAUGAUUAGAGAGAAAAUUGAGGAGAUGGACAAUGAAAUGACAUCUCUUUCCAACACCAUCAGACUAGUGGAACAGGACAUGGAAGUUGAAAAUGUCAAAUUUCUUAAGAAUUACAAAGAGACAAUAAGGAGGACCUGGCGAACUUCUCUUGAUCCAAAAAUGAUUCCUGGUGCUCUCAUUGAUGUGGCCAAGCACUUGGGCUCUCUGAAAUAUAAAGUGUGGGAGAAGAUGAAGAGCAUAGUAAAAUAUAAUCCUGUGAUUCUGGAUCCCAACACAGCAGCUAGCUGCUUCAUCAUCUCUGAGGACCUAACAGUUGUGCACAACUCCACCCAGAUUUUCAAGGUACCAGACAACCCCGAGCGCUUCGACAUCAGCGCAGAGAUGCUGGGUGCUGAGGGCUUCUCCUCUGGACGCCAUAGCUGGGAUGUGGAGGUGAAUGACAACACCUAUUGGGUGGUGGGAGUAGCCAGCGAGUCCAUUAGCAGGAAGGGUAAACAUGUGCUCACGCCAGCAGAGGGAUUCUGGACUAUAAGGUUUCGCAAUGGAGAGCACAAAGCCUGCACAGCGCCAUGGGAGCCACUCAACAUGACCAAGAAGCCAGACGUGAUAAGAGUGCUUUUAGACAUGGACCGAGGCAAGGUGGCCUUUUACAGCCCUGGAGAGAGAACACCUCUCUACACUUUCACAAAUAUCGUCACACCCAGAGCCUUUCCCUACUUUUGCACAGCUUGCAAAGAGCAUCCACUGAAAAUCCUCCCUACACGUAUAUGUCUUUCAGUGGACCGCUAAUUCACCUCCAUGAUACACUCCACAAAUUGUUGUAUAAAAAUCCAAUGAAAAAGAAAUUUAA